CAGGACUAUAGAAUGGUGUGGUCAAGGAGCAAGACUAUAGAAACAGCUAUUUUUUGUCUGCGAAGUUUUUUUGGUGUGUCCUUGAAUUUUUUCCUACCAUCAAUUAGAGCUAUAUAGCUUUAUCACAAACCACCUGCACGUGUUUGAAUAAUUCAACAGUCCAAAAAUACGCUUAAACGCAGCGCAUAAGAUUAUAGUAAUACAUUCAAUAUACAGUAUACCACGCAAAAAACGCUGUUUUGCAAAAUACAGCCAACGAUUUUCUUUAAUCACAACUCAUAUUUACGCUAUAUACUAUUUUUUCAAAAUCACCGUUUGUCUCUUUUCAAAUAAAGAUUUAUAUUUCAACUGAAGAACGGUUUAAAUGGCGGCAACUGCUCGCCACGAGGCUGAGCUGAAGAAAAAAGCACUAGAGGAGGUAAAGAAAGCGAGGGACCCCAUAGACAAGAUCAGAUGGCAGUGUCUAAGCAGAGGAGCUGCAGGGAUCCGAGACCUGGGAAGAGUGUUCCGCAACUUCGAUGAUUCAGGGGACCAGCAAUUAGACUACAAAGAAUUCUGCAAAGGUGUGAGAGACAUUGGGUUGACUCUUGGCAAACAAGAUCUAGAAGCGGCUUUCAAGGCCAUAGAUAAAGAUGGUAGUGGUAGCCUCAACUUCGACGAAUUCUUGGUCAAAAUCAGAGGCAAUACACUCAACAAAAAGAGAAUAGUCUUAGUCGAGAAGGCUUUCAAAAAACUAGACCAGAACGACAACGGCACUAUCGAAAUAGACGAUUUAAAGGGUGUUUAUGACGUCACGCAGGAUGACAGGUACAAGACGGGUGAGAUGGGGGAGGAUGAGUUGCUGAGGGAGUUCCUGGACAAGUUCGACUCCCCCGACAACCGAGACGGCACUGUCACGAAGGAGGAGUUCAUCAGCUACUACGCAGGCAUUAGUGCGUCAGUUGACAACGACGCCUACUUCGACCUCAUGAUGAGACGCGCUUGGCGACUGGACGAACCCAACAGGCCCAAAACAGGCGGAGCAUUCAAACCCAACAUCGGGUACCAGACACCCGAACCCAAUGGAUACACGCUGACACUCCCGUCUCUAAGUGGGAACGGCCACGGAGCUAAUCAGAGAGACUUCAAAGUUCGUGGACUCAGAGGACUAAAGCCCCGAAGCAAUGCUAAGGGACAUCUUUUAACGACUCAACUACCUCUAUCUUGAAGUUCCACAAACAAUUCUGUCUUAUAAUUUUUUAAACCAGCUUUCAAUUCAAAAAGUCUAGUUUUGUUGAACAA